UCAGCAGCUGCCAAGUAGGCGGAAGCGACAAUCUUUCGCAUAGCGGGAAAUUCAACCGUUGAAGUCAACUUCCGGCUGUGUUGUCUGUGCGAAACGUAGAAGUGAUAAAAAGUCUAAAUUUAAAUAACAAAAACGAAAAUUGAGCAUAUGCCAUUCGCCAAUUUACCGUUCCGCUUGAAUUCGAGAAAGUGCAGACACGUUUCGGUGUAUCAAUAUCCCAAAUCACCCGUAAAACCAAAGGAAACACUAAGAAACAAAACGUAAAUGUAAGCACAAUAUAUAACAAUCCAAAAUUGAUGCACAUCUCUGUGUAUGUUCAGCUGUGUCGUUCAAAGUGCUCCAAACGAAAUUCAAUAAAUGACACGGUGAAAACCGCUAAUUAUUCAUGAUAGUUCGACGGUUUCAGGCAACUGACAGCCCGCAGAUGCGCGAAAAUUGAUAGACGUUUUAAUGUGAAGCGCACAACAAUAAUAAACAACAACAGAAAUAUGCAAACAUUUAUCGCAGCGUAAAAAACAGUUUGGCAAUGAGAGAGGAAACGAGGCAUGCGGAAAUUGAAUUAAUAGUUUACGCUUAAACAGUUUUGCAUUCAUUGUGAUUGCUAAAAUUGCAAACUUGGUCAAGCAGAAAAAAAAAGUGAAGCUCCAAUCCUCAGCCAUGAUGAGCAGUGUAAGCAGCAUAGCCAUGGACAUGGAUAUGGACGCCGAAUCCGAGUCGCCUCUAGCCCCUUUGAAUGUCACGCGAGCCCUCUGGGAGCUGGCGCUGACAACAACAACGGAGACAGCAUUUUCUGAUGACAGCAACAACAACAGCAUCGCCGUCACUGAGAUAUCCUAUGUGCCGUAUGCCCGGCGACCGGAAACGUACAUAGUCCCAAUACUGUUUGCCAUUAUCUUUGUGGUCGGCGUUUUGGGCAAUGGAACUCUGAUUGUGGUCUUCCUGAGUGUGCGACAAAUGCGAAAUGUGCCAAAUACCUACAUACUUUCCUUGGCUCUGGCUGACCUGCUGGUUAUAUUGACAACAGUUCCAUUGGUUUCAACGGUCUACACCUUCGAGUAUUGGCCCUGGGGCAGUUUUCUGUGCAGCUUGUCGGAGUUCAUGAAAGAUGUUUCCAUAGGAGUUUCGGUCUUUACGCUGACGGCGCUCUCAAGUGAUCGAUAUUUCGCUAUAGUCGAUCCGCUGCGCAAGUUUCAUGCUCAUGGAGGAGGACGACGCGCUACGCGCAUGACCUUGGCCAUAGCUGUAUCCAUUUGGCUGCUGGCCAUUGUCUGCGGCAUACCUGCGCUAAUUGGCAGCAACUUAAAGCCCGUGGGCAUCAGCUCGGAGAAAUCGAUUGUCAUCUGUUAUCCGUAUCCGGAUGCCUGGGGCGAGAACUAUGCCAAGCUGAUGGUCAUGCUGCACUUUCUAGUCUACUAUGCUAUACCUCUGGUCAUCAUCGCCGCCUUCUACGUCAUGAUUGCGCUGCAUCUGAUGUACUCGGCGAGUGUGCCAGGCGAAAUGCAGGGCGCCGUGCGACAGGUUCGGGCGCGUCGCAAAGUCGCCGUCACGGUGUUGGCAUUUGUUGUUAUCUUUGGUAUUUGCUUUCUGCCUUAUCACGUCUUCUUUUUAUGGUUCUACUACUGGCCGACAGCCCAACAGGAUUAUAAUACAUUUUGGCAUGUAUUGCGCAUCUUUGGCUUUUGCAUGUCGUUCGCCAACAGCUGUGCCAAUCCGGUGGCUCUCUACUUUGUGAGCGGGGCGUUUCGCAAGCAUUUCAAUAGAUAUCUGUUUUGCCGUGGCAUAAGUGGACGUCGCAAGAAGCGUAAUCAGCACAACGACACCUUUUGCAUGCAUCGCAAUACCUCGCUGACCAGCACAGCCUCCAAGCGUUAUCAGUCGCGUCACUCCUGCUAUCAGAGCACAACGUUGCGCAGUAGCUGUCGCUUGCAGGAGACUACGAUUACGACACUGCCCAAUGGAGCCUCCAACAUGGCCGCGCCCCCAAUUGACACCGCCGGCUACGAGUUUACGCCCCUCAGCGCAUUCGGUCCAGCCAAGGGCGUCGCGCACCUGUCGCACCGGCUGCAGGAGUCGCCAUUAAACUAAGCAGCUCGACGUCCCCACGGAGUAUACAGGAAAUAUUAUGGAGUAGCAGCAGCAACUACAAACUUUACAUAAAUCAACUAUGUUCCAGGUUAGGAAAAUUGUACGAAAAUUGUGGCGAGCAAGUGAA